AUGACCGUCGAAGAGGCCCGUUCUAUAAUUGGACAAGAUUGCACCGAAACCGAUACCCCGUUACGAGAUUCUUUUGCGUAUGAGACGCACGAAGCUCCCAGAAUGCCGCCAUCCACGCCGAGACCGUAUCAGAAUCUCUACCAAAACCCACAAUCGUUGAUGCAGUUCGCGUCAGAUCGGACAGAAGAAUAUUGGUGCGGAUCAGAGCAACCAGCUGCGGGUGGACUGCGGUCGUCCGUCGUGUCGCAGAAAGCACAUGCGGAAGAUUUCGAGACCCAGCCGCUUGACCUAUUUCAGCCGCUGUUCGAUCCAGAUAUGCUGGAGCUCUUCUCUAACCGGGUCAUGCCUGAUCUUUCCCAAUUUGACACGGCGAGUCUGAAUUUGAACUACCUGGACAUUGAGGGUUGGGAUAAGACCACUGUUGACGUGGCCACUAGAGCACCUGGCAUAGCCACCUGCGAGAACAUAUCCGCACUAGACUGGGACAUUUCCGCUUGA